UUUGCAAACUGGAAGUGAACGUUGUGGAGAACUCAUUAAGCAAGGCCACUUCCUUGGCAACCAAAGGUCAUCAAACAAGAAUGGUUAAAUAUGAACUCAUCAAGCAAGCAUGGUCAAAUCCUUGACAUGGCAAGUAAUACAUUACUUCCGGUUAUUUUACUUACGAGUGGAAUCCCUGUGUUUAAUUUUUCGCAGAGCAGCCAAGCCUUUGGUUUUCAAUAUGGCUGUCAAAGGGUCACGAGUUUUGCAUAAAGUUUUACCUCAAAUAUCCCCAAUCCACUCAGCAUUGUAGAUCACUAUUAGCAGCAAGAUGUGGCUAUUAAACCUCUCAAUAUGGCUUUCUUUGUGAGAGAGAUUCCCAGCCCCACCACCCAGCACAGCCAUUCAGUUCACCGACAAGAAACUUCUAAAAGUGAUGUAACAGACAUUGUCAAGGACCACAUCACGGGAGUAUGGGGAAGCCAAGGACUGUUUUUUGUCGCCACAAAUGAAGGGAGAAGUCUGUGGGUUACCAAUUCAUUUCCUAGGUCGCAGUGGAUCGAGUGCGAAACGAUUGAAGGACCCAAGUUAGAGAUUGUAGCAGUAAUCCCAAACCCAAAUAACACUUCUCAAGUCUACAUCGUCCAUAAAAACAGCACAACUGCCUGCAUAGAACUCAACCCACACACAAACCAUUGGCAGAAAAAGCAACAGUUCCAACUCAGUAAUGCAAAAGGUGCCAAAGUCCUCUCCGUUGUGCUACACCCAUACACAAGUAACUUCUUCUGGUGUGAAAAGCGCUCGGCAGCGCCUGGUCUGUCCUCAUGCUGUGUGUGUAUGCGGGAAGUGGAGGAGCUAUGGCAGGAAAGUGUGGCCAUAUAUGUCGGCCCUGUUGUCGCAAUAUUGCAUAGCUGUCCUGUAGUUGACCUUCACCUGCUCCAUAAAGGUAUCUGCAUGAUCCCUGUUAUCCCGGGUGAGGAUGGACAACUUCUGCUAUUCUGGACCUCGGUGCCAAGAGAAAUAAAGGCUUUUGUCUGGAAUCAUGGUGUUGUUGACAACUUGACUAAAUCAGACUUCAGAUCCGUCAUGAUGGCUAUUUUACCAGUUUGGCAUGACCAGACAGACCAGGUUCACCUGGUGUCAGUCACCUCCCACCCCACCACAAUGGAACUCAUUCUAAUUGACAGCCAUUUUGCAGUUUACUAUGCCGUCAUCAACAAUGGUAUCCCUCAUAUGAAGCUACUGUGUACACUAUCUUCUUCAGAAAGCCUUAAAGCAGACAGAAUCAGUCAGUCAUUUUCUGUUGGUUUGUUUAUUGGGUUGUUAUUAGACUCUGGAAAAGUGACAAUGUUUGAUGUUAAAAGUGGGUCUGCAAUAUGUGAUAUUUGUGAUCUUAACAGUAAUAAACUUGGUUUAUGGACUGCAAUUGGAGACGUACCAAGGAUAGGGUUCUGGAUGCCAAACAAGAUCUGGCAGUUGGUAUCAAAGCCUGUUGUUGAUAUUGCAAACUUAAUUCAGUCUUCAAAGAUAGAUUCAACUACUCGUGGGGUUUUAGCACAACACAAACAGACUGCGAAGGGUUUUAAUGCUUCCAAUGAGAGAAAGAAUGUAACAAAAGAACUAAUGAAUUUAGAUAAUGGAAAAUACGCCUCUUGUGAAAGUAUACAAGAAGCAAAGACUGGCGAGAUGAUAGCUUCUUGCAAAUGUAGCAGCACAGCCCAACAUGUAGUUCUGUCUCAAGAAACAGACUUGCCACAUUGCUUUGUGUGUAGAAAACAGAGAAAAUCUUAUCAUAGUGGACAACUUUCUGCUGCAGCUGACAAUAUCUCUUUAGAAGGUUCUUCAUGUUUGGACUCCAAUGCCUCAAUUAGAUUCCUUAAAGCUUGGAAAUUUGAGCACCAUGCGGCAAAGAUUGCCUUGAACAUUGCAAUGUCUAAUGAGCUAAUAGGUGAGGGUCAUGUCAUAGGUCAAGAUGUGCUCGAUCUUUUGUUAAGUGAUUCAUUCCAGACUCCUGUCCUGGCUAUAGGUCUCCUUUGGAACAAUCCCAUGUAUAGAAGUUUUGUCCAAGAGCACCUCAAAGCAUUUCUUAGAAAAUUAGACUCUGAAGAAACUUCCAUGAGAACUCCUGUCCUUGAAAUUCUGCUUCCAAAGUUUAAACAAUUUGGCUUCCUGUGCCAAACCUUUGAAGAACUAUUCCAAGAACACUUUUCAUCUACUAUGGUAAAUGAAAUGAAAGAUUCUGAGAGUGUUAAAAGACAAACUGAAGAGCUACUUGAAACAAUGGACUUGGCGAAUCCUAGUGAUGUUGAUCUUGCUCACCUUGGACUUCUUAAGAGCCACAAUCUAGCUGACUUCCAGGAGGGUGUGGCUGAGUUCACAGGGCUUAGGACACCAGAAGGUGGCCUACAUAUAGGGCUUGAGCAACGAUGGAGAUGGUUAUAUCGUUUGGAGUGGAGAGAUGGACAGUGGGUAAAAAGCCACAAAGCCCAAGAGGACCCGCACAAUGCUUUUCUGAGCUUACUGUGUCACGUGGUAUACUCGGCUGAGCCUGAUUGGCUAAUGAACAUCAGAGGGCAGGGUCUACGGGUGGUCAGUGUUCCAGCAACUGAUGAGCAGGCAGGGAACUACAUCACGCAAUCUGUAACGGAUUGUCUACCAAUACUAAAACUCAGCCCCAGUCCGAAAUCCGCGCAAGUGCAUGCCACACUACUCUGGUCCGCUGGCCAAGAGUUGCAGGCGCUUCAGGUGCUGUUACGCCACCAGGCAUGGCAUCAAGCCGUCGACUUUUACUCGCUCUGCCCGAGUGAGACUGAGUUCACAAUUUCUCUCUUCACAAUGCUCCUCAAGGCUCUCAUUCGCGAGGGUGCUUCGAGCCACCUGAUCAACAAGGCCCUUAGCCUUGCACCCAAGAGAUUGAGUACCUACGAGAUGCUGGCCAUUCUAAAGGACAGCAGGCGUCGUCAAGAUGAGCCCCUUGUCUUACGGGCCAGCGCGCUUACUAUUGGCGAUUUGCGUGGACACCUCGAGAAGCUUUUAAAUUCCUGAUGCGUUUAACUGCUGUUCCAUACAGAAAACAACCAUACCAUUGAUCACAGAUUAAACAGUAAAAUGGAUAUGUCGGUAACUGGAGUUCCGUACAGCACUAACCGUACUAUCGAUCAAAGAUUGAAGCAGGGAAAUAGUUAUCUUGAAAAUUGCGUUUGACCCGAGUCCUAUACAGAAGACAACCAUAUAAUAUAUCAGGGACCUGUAAAAUCUAUAAUUGCGCAUCUAACGGGAAACAUCCAUUCAGCACGCUUCUUGUGUGGCCCCUUUAAUCGCUUCCCUAAUUGUGACAGCUUCAUAUGAACAAUUUUAUUCCUGACAAAAUUGAAUAUAAAUCUAUGAAAUAUUAUAAGAAAAUAAUAAUAAAAAACCCCAACAAAUUAAACAUUAUUAUGUCAACUAAUAAACUUUACACGUGGUAA